GAGCUCAAUUGUCACACGUCGUGAAUAACCAAACCAACACUGUAAACGUGCGCAGGUUUGUCUGAUACGUGGCUGCGCACGGAAAACGUAAUUCUUCCUCCAACCCAUUGUUGUGGCACACUUUUAAUUACGUGGUGUGUGUACGUGAGAAGGAGGAACCUGCGCUUUCUUUGUAUAAGUUUUAGUUUGGGGGGGUCGGUAACUGACCAGGAUGAAGGCUCGCUCGCGUACGCGAUCACCCACACGCACGGACUCGCCCUCUUUCAUUGUGCUUCUUUUUGUCCAAUUCACUCCCACUCAAACCACUGGCGAAGACGGCAUGAGGAUACGCAUACGCUGUCGCAUUUUAAAACAUAUUCUUAAACGGCGGAGUUUUAGCGGAUGGUGAACGACGGACGGGGAUUUUAAACAUGUUCCAAUUUUAAAUUGGGAAAAGGAUUUAUUUUCUUCGUUGUUCACCCGCCUCUGUGGAUUAAGUCAUUGACGCACUAAAAUGGGUGCCAAAGGUAAUAUGAUCCCUUCUGCUCAACUCCAAGUAUUUAUUUUGAUCGCGGUUUUGAACUCGGUCAGCUGCAAGACUUUAAAAUAUCAAGUUUAUGAAGAACAACGAGUGGGGACUGUGAUCGCGCGCCUAAAGGAUGAUGUUGCUGAAGUUCUAUCCAAACUACCAAGCUCCGUGUCCUUUCGCUUCCGUGCCAUGCAGCGGGGGAGCACAGCGUUCCUGUCUGUGCGAGAGGAAGACGGAGAGAUCAGCAUUGCCUCCAAAAUCGACCGUGAGAAGCUAUGUGAGAAAAAUCUGAACUGUUCAAUUGAAUUUGACGUGGUUACACUGCCGACGGAAUAUCUGCAGCUAUUCCACGUGGCAGUGCAAGUGUUGGACAUAAACGACAAUUCCCCGCAUUUCUCCCGUGCCAUUGUCCCCAUUGAGAUCUCCGAAAGUGCGUCCGUGGGGACGCGGAUCCCACUGGACGGUGCCUCGGAUGCAGACGUUGGGCAUAAUUCCCUGCACACCUACUUCCUCAGUCCAAACAACUUUUUUAAAAUAGACAUCAAGACCAGGACAGAUGGGGCUAAGUACGUCGAGCUGGUGGUGAUGCGAGAUUUGGACAGGGAGGUGCAGUCCAGCUACCAGUUGCAGCUCACUGCUUCCGAUAAUGGUGUACCCCCUAAAUCUGGCUCCACAUUGCUGAAAAUUAGCAUCGCUGAUUCUAAUGACAACAGUCCAGCAUUCGAAGAGCCGGCGUAUGUUAUUAAUUUGCUGGAAAAUGAUCCGCUUGGGACUCUUCUUAUUGAUUUAAAUGCUACAGAUCCAGACGAGGGUACUAAUGGAAAAAUUGGGUACUCUUUCAGCAGUCACAUCUCACCAAAAAUCUUAGAAAUGUUUAAUAUAAAUCCAGAGAAUGGACAUAUUACACUUAUUAAAAAGGUGGACUACGAAUCGACUUUGUCCUAUGAGCUUGAUGUCCAGGCUCAGGAUUUAGGCCCGAACUCCAUUCCGGGGCUUUGCAAAAUUGUUGUGAAAGUGGUGGAUGUAAAUGAUAACAAGCCAGAGAUAAACAUUAACUUGAUGACUCCAGGCAAAGAGGAGGUGGCUUACAUUUCAGAGGGUGCACCUGUCGACACUUUCAUUGCUUUGGUGCGUAUUGAUGACAGUGACUCAGGGCUGAAUGGUGAAGUGGAGUGCAGGCUUCAUGGCCAAGGUCACUUCAGACUCCAGAAAACAUAUGAAAAGAACUACAUGAUCCUUACCAAUAUUUCAUUAGACAGAGAAAAGAGGUCCGAGUAUAGCCUCACAGUCAUAGCGGAGGACCGAGGCUCCCCAAGCCUCUCCACUAUCAAACAUUUUACUGUUCAGGUGCUGGAUGAAAAUGACAAUCCUCCUCAUUUUGAGAAGUAUCGCUAUGAGGUCUUCAAAUCUGAGAACAACUCGCCCGGAGCAUACCUGAUGACAGUGGUGGCGUUGGAUGCAGAUCUUGGCACCAAUGGCCAGGUUACCUAUGCCAUAAUUGAUGCUCAGGUACAGGGAAGCUCAAUUUCUACGUAUGUAACCAUUGAUCCCUCAAAUGGUGCCAUUUACGCCCUGAGGACCUUUGACCAUGAAGAUGUCAGUCAUAUUACUUUCACCAUCCAGGCACGUGAUGGUGGAAAUCCUUCACUUUCAGCCAAUACCACUGUCCUUCUUACAGUUUUGGAUGAAAAUGACAAUCCACCUAUCAUCCACGCACCCUCCCUCCAGAAUCACACGGCUGAACUUUCAGUGUGGAAGUAUGCAUCUCCUGGUGAGUUGAUCACAGCGCUUAAAGUCACAGACAGCGAUUCUGGUGCCAAUGGAGAGGUGAGUUGCUCCAUUGUUAGUGGAAAUGAAGAAGGUCUGUUUAUGAUGGAUGCUGGCCGAUGUGAGCUCAGGACCAAUGCGAGCUUAGAACAAGUGGCAAGGUACGUGAUGGAGGUCAGGCUUGUAGUAGAGGAUAGAGGUACCAAUCAACUCACUGCUGGGGCCCUCCUCAAAAUUACUCUGCAGGAAAAUAUGGACCUCCUCCCCCCUCUCUUUCCCACUGGCUCCAGCCACACCUCUCAUGAUCUCUCUCACAUCAUCGUAUCUCUCGUGGCAGUUUGCGCUCUGCUGCUUAUUGUAUUGGUGAAGUUUGCAAUAACUCGUUGCACCCAAGAAAAGAAAGACCCAAAGCACAACUACAGUUGUCGUGUGGCAGAAAACAGCUAUCAGAAGAAGCCAACGAGGCACAUACACAAGGCAGAUAUUACCCUGGUCCCAACUGUGAAUGGAAUUCUUCCUGUCCAGUCCCACCCACACUCCCCGUCAGCCUCACCCAUGCCUGAGAGGGGCACGCUAGGUAGCAGGCAGAGCCAUCACAGCCGCCAGUCACUUAACAGUCUUGUCACCAUUUCCUCUAACCACAUGCCAGAGAAUUUCACCCUGGAGUUGGCCCACACAACACCUCCUGUUGAGCAAGUUUCACAGCUUCUGUCCAUGCUCCAUCAGGGCCAGUACCAGCCACGGCCAAGUUUCAGAGGCAACAAAUACACUAGGAGCUACAGAUAUGCCCUGAAUGAGAUGGAUAAAUUCAGUCUCAAAGAUAGUGGUCGUGGGGACAGUGAUGCAGGCGACAGCGACUACGAGCCUGGCAGGGACUCGCCUUUGGAUAGACUCCUAGCCACUGCCGCCGGCUAGGCCCCUGUUUCCGGGGGCGAAAAGAGGAGCCGAGUGCGUAAGUCUCCUCAACCGGUACAUAGUCUCCCCAACGUCAAGACUUCUGCAUGCCUCCUCGUGGCCACACAUGGUAACUGGGUGCCUCACGGGUCCAGGCUAAAUUGCAGGGGAUCGAUCGGGGGAGCAACAGUGGGCCCCUAGGCGUGACGUACAGGCCCACCGGCGCGUGGAUGUCCUGGCGCCCGCUAACCACUGUCCCAGCUAUGGGGGAAAUAGCACCCCCGCUGCCUUGUGGGUAUCGUCUGGAACGAAAAGGUUAAGGGAGCAAACCCCGACAGGAAACCCGGCCUGGACUCCGUUAGGCAGACUCAUGCUUUAAAAGAAAAAGGCAUUGUUCUGGCAACUCCUGCAGCCAACCUGAUGCCAAACGUAUCGGUUCACCGUUCCUUUGGGUGACAACAGGAAGGCCGAGAGGGAAGCCCUGAUGCCUGGGAAACUCAAGGCUUCCAUAAAACUUGCCCAGGCUUCUUGCGCACUGGAGAGGAAACUUCAGCUCCACUAACCAGUGGAGACAAAACACGGGAGGUUAGCAGUUACCGGUUAUAAGCCCUUUCAUAUUGGCGUAGAGUGAGGGUGCCAGGGGCUACCUCCGACGGUGGGAGAGAUGUUCGGUCUCAUUGGACAGCUACCGCCCGCCCCAAGCUGGGCAGCCCCCAGCCAAUACCUGCCUGCUUCAUUGGGUGCUUGGAGCUCAGGGAUUUAUCCUAACAAGUGGGCUGCAAAUUCAUGCACCAAGCAACAAAAGGAAAUUACCGAAGAUUCCAGCACUACGCCUGGGGUGCUGGAAUGUCAGGACUAUGACACCCGGGCUCAGCGACAACCUACAACAAAUUAGUGAUGUCCGUAAAACUGCAGUUAUCAACAACGAACUCCUGAAGCUCAGAAUUGACAUCUCGACCCUCCAGGAAACACGACUCCAUGGAUCUGGCUCACUCAAGGAAAAGGACUGUACCUUCUUUUGGCGGGGGAAGCCCCCUGAGGAAACCAGGGAACACGGAGUAGGGUUCGCUGUCAGGUACACACUCCUGGGAGCAGUGGUACCACCCACAGGUGGCUCUGAGAGAAUCCUGGUUCUCUGCCUCAAUACAUCUAUUGGGACCUGUCCACCUAGUGAGUGUGUACGCUCCAACACUUAGCUCCCCCCAGGAAAUAAAAGAAAGGUUUUAUGAUGAACUCGAAGCGACUCUUAAAAACAUUCCCAGCCGUGAACAGCUCUACCUACUUGGUGACUUUAACGCUAGAGUCGGAGCCGAUCGUGACUCCUGGCCAUCCUGCUUGGGACACCAUGGCAUCGGUAAGCUGAAUGAAAAUGGGCAGAGACUUCUGGAGUUCUGCACAUAUCACCACCUCUGCAUCACCAACACAUACUUCCAGACCAAACCCAUUCGCAAAGUCUCUUGGAGACAUCCACGCUCAGGUCACUGGCACCAGUUAGACCUGAUCAUAACACGCACUUCUGAUCUCGGAGGCAUCCUUCAAACACGCAGUCUCCACAGUGCAGUCUGCGACACAGACCACUCUCUUGUGCUCUGUAGAGUCAAGCUACAGGCAAAAAAACCUACACAGAUCCAAAUCAAAGGGAGCCCCACGCAUCGACAGCAGCAAAACAACCGACCCAACCAAAGCUACAGCCUUCCUCUGUGCCUUAGAAGUCUCCCUCCACGGCCCACCCCAGUCCAGCUCCGCUCAGCGGUACUGGGAUGGCUUGAGGGAUGCCAUACACAGCACGGCCCUGU